UUCGAGUACAGCCAUCUUGUUUGUUAUUCCAUUUGUGUGCCGAUACGCUGUCCUAUGUAUUAAAAGACCGCUAUCGCUAAAUACGAAUUUCGAACGUUUUCAUCGCGCGGGUUGCAAAUAUUUUUUCUAUAACGUUUCUUGAAUGGUUGUAACACGCUGGUUUACACGCCACCAAAUCACUUUGUCGAUUGUGAUGUAUGUUAGAUGCAUAUAUUAUUUUGUUUGACGAUAGCAGAAAAAAAAUUGGGCGUACACUAAGUAAACCUGUCAAGUUUGUUUUUGUCGACGGCGAAAAAGAAUUUUCGGAAUACAGACGUACCCUAGGGUUCGGUAAACGGAUAAAAUCUAAAACAUUCAAAACGAGUCCAGUUCAGAAUAUUAUGAAUCACAUGGUCGAACGUGACAGUCAGAAUGACGCGCCGGAAGAAAUGGAUACCACCGAAGUUAUAGAAUUUGAUAGCAAUAUAUCUCCUCAAAUUAUGCGUAACAAUCACGAUGCUUCUGUUAUAAAUGAUAUAGAUAUUCAAGGAUCAGAACUACCUUCUUCAGCUGAUAUUGAAAUGGAAGAAGAUAAUGCUCGACCAGAAGCUACUUUUCGUUAUGUAAUUGAAAAUUUUAGUAAAUCUAAAGAGCAAAGACUAUCCCCACCUUGUUAUGUCCGUGAUCUUCCAUGGAAAAUUAUGAUAAUGCAUAGAAUGGGACAGGACAACAGGUCUGCCAAACCUACUCAGCCAUCUGUAGGAUUUUUUCUCCAGUGUAAUGGUGAUUCUGAAAAUAACUCCUGGAGUGUUAAUGCAACUGCUGAACUUCGUGUGAUAUCUCAAAAGGACGGUGUUUCAAAUGUAGAAAGAAAAAUUCAGCAUUUAUUUUAUCCAAAAGAAAAUGAUUGGGGAUUUAGUUUUUUCAUGUCAUGGGAAGAUAUUACUGAUGAAUCCAAAGGAUACAUUAAAAAUGAUACUGUUAUAUUUGAGGUUUCAGUAUCUGCUGAUGCACCACAUGGUGUAAGUUGGGAUUCUAAAAAACAUACAGGUUAUGUUGGAUUAAAAAAUCAAGGUGCCACAUGUUAUAUGAAUUCUUUACUACAAGCAUUGUACUUUACUAAUCAACUUCGUAAAGCUGUUUACAAAAUGCCUACUGAAAGUGAUGAUAGUAAUAAAAGUGUUGCACUAGCAUUACAAAGAGUGUUUUAUGAACUACAAUUCUUAGACAAACCAGUUGGUACUAAAAAGUUGACUAAAAGUUUUGGGUGGGAAACUCUUGAUUCUUUUAUGCAACAUGAUGUUCAAGAAUUUUUAAGAGUGUUAUUGGAUAAAUUAGAAAAUAAGAUGAAAGGUACAUGUGUCGAGGGAACUAUCCCUAAGCUCUUUGAAGGAAAAAUGAUAUCAUAUAUUAAUUGUAAAAAUGUAGAUUAUAGUUCCAAACGAACUGAAACAUUUUAUGAUAUUCAAUUGAAUAUUAAAGGAAAAAAGAACAUAUAUGAGUCAUUUCAAGAUUAUAUUCAAGUUGAAAUAUUGGAUGGUGAUAAUAGAUAUGAUGCUGGAGAGUAUGGAUUGCAAGAUGCAGAAAAAGGUGUAAUUUUUUCAUCUUUUCCUCCUGUAUUUUAUUUGCAUUUGAUGCGAUUUCAGUAUGACCCUGUAACUGACAGUUCAGUUAAAUUUAAUGAUCGGUUUGAGUUUUAUGAUAAAAUUAACUUGGAUGAGUAUUUAAAAGUAAAAGAAAACACUCCAGCUGAUUACAUUUUGCAUGCUGUUCUUGUUCAUAGUGGAGACAAUCAUGGUGGACAUUAUGUUGUUUUCAUAAAUCCCAAGGGCGAUGGAAAAUGGUGUAAGUUUGAUGAUGAUGUUGUUUCACGUUGCCCUAAAGAGGAAGCUAUAGAACACAAUUUUGGUGGUCAUGAUGGGGAUGAAAAUAUUAUGCCAAUAAAACAAUGCACAAAUGCUUAUAUGUUAGUUUAUAUACGAGGUUCUGAAUUAAAAAAUGUUUUACAAGAAGUUACAAUUAAUGAUAUACCUAAAGAAUUGGUGGAGAGGUUGCAAGAUGAAAAACGUAUUGAAUCUAUACGCCGUAAAGAACGUAAUGAUCUCCACAUUUAUACAAAUAUUCAAGUAUUUUUAGAAGACUGUUUUGAUAGCUACUUAGGAGUAGACUUAUUUGAUUUAGAACAACCUACAUUUAGAACAGUCAAAGUUAAGAAAUCCAGUAAUUUGGAUGAAAUACGACAACUCUUAGCUGAAACAUUUAAGUAUGAUAUGAGCCAAAUAAGAAUUUGGCCCCUUGCACCUAGUAAAUUUGAUUCUUUGAGACCUAUGUAUCUUGAUCCUGAAGAGAAUGGAUCUAAAACCAUUCAAGAUAUUCAAGAAAAUACAGGAUCUACUUGGAAUAUAUGGCUAGAAUUAGUUGAGCCUGGUGUUAGUUCAUUGUUACCUUAUGAUAAGAAUCAGCUACUAUUAUUUUUCAAGCUUUUUAUACCAGAAGAAAAACUUUUGGUUUAUUGUGGUUAUCAUUUUGUUAGUUAUGAAGAUUCAUUAGAAUCUCUCACUAGUUUUAUGAAUGAAAGAGCAGGAUUUGAUCCUGGUACCAAACUUGCAUUUUAUAAAGAAGUUAAUAAAGGGGAAGUUGAAAGAAUAACAAAACUUGAAGACCCAAUUGGUGAAUUCAUGCCAAAUUUGUAUGGAGAAAUAUUAAUUUAUCAAAAAGAAGAAUGUUUAAGAAAUUAUCCCACUGUUAUUGAUCACUUCAAGAAUGUAAAUGCUCAGGUGUAUAUUACAUUCAGUGAUAAAUUGAUUCCUGGCGAUCCAGGUUUUAUUAUAGGAUUGUCAAUGUAUAUGACCUAUCAUGAAAUGUUGCAAGAAGUUGCUGAACGAGUUUCUGUUGACCAACGAAAGUUACAACUUUAUUUCAGCAUAACUGGUCAAAAAGAAUGUCCUGGUGAACCAAUUAAAAACUCUUAUAAUGGUCCUAUAAGAGAGCUUAUAUCCAAUAAUAGUGGUAAACGAUUUCCAAAAAAAUUUUUCUACCAAGAAAUGCAUAUGCCAGUUGAUGAAUUAGAGAGUAAAAGACCAGUUAAAAUUAUUUGGUGUGGCCCAAAAUUAAAAGAUGAAAGAGAAAUAAUUUUAUACUUAAAUAAAAAUGACAAUUCAUGUUCUCAUUUUUAUGAAGUCUUACAAUGCAGUGUUGAAUUGUCUCCCGAAGGUUCUGGACAAUUUAGAACAUUAGAAAUAAUGUCAGCUAAAAUAAGCAAAUGGUUUAACCCUGGAGUACGAAUGCCCGAUAUUAAUGCAGUGUAUCCUGCAAAAUAUUAUAGGGUUGAAGAAAUACCAAAAGAUGAAUUGGAAUUGAAUGAAAAUGAAUUAUUAGUUCCUGUUAAUCAUUUUUCCAAAGAAGUGUACUCAACGUUUGGAACACCUUUUCUAAUUAAAAUUAUUCAUGAAGAAACAUUGGCUAAUGUAAAGGAAAGAAUUACUAACAAGACUGGAAUUCCAGAUAAAGAACUAGAAAAAUAUAAAUUCGCAAUAUGUCAAGGAGUUAGAGCAAAUUUCAUUACCGAUUCUCACAUUAUGAGUUUACAAGAUUUCAAAACGUCACCAGCUAAUCAAAGUCAAGGACAGCGACCCUGGUUAGGUAUGGAACAUCCAAAUAAAACUAAACGUACUCGGUUGAAUUAUUUAGAAAAGGCUAUUAAAAUUUAUAACUAAACAUUUUUGUUAAAAAAAAAAAUGUUUGAAAAUAUUAAAUCUGAGUAGUGUCAUGGUGAUAAAAUGAUGAUAAACCUCUUUACCUACGUGUGUAAUUUUUGUGUUUGAUUAAAAUUUCUGUUCUAUUUAUAUACAACUCUGCUUAAUUAAAAACAAUUUUUAAGGUACUAACUAAACUAAAUUUUAUUUGAUGGAUCAUAGUACUUAAUACACAUAUUUUAUUUUAUAUGUAAUUUUCAAAGUUAAUUUAACUGUAUAUUUUAAAUUGCUAUUUGGACUCGACCAUUCAGAAUUUAUAAUUUUAUUAAAAUUUCCUUCAUAUGUGUAAAUGUAGAAUAAAAUUUCUAUGUCACAAUAUUUGUGUUAUAGUAUCGGAUUUACAUAAAAGUAUAAAUUACCCUGUUGUAACUUGGUUUGUUAAUCCUUAUUGGUUAAUAACCAGUUGUUUUUGUUAACUUUUAAAGGGGUGGCUAUUCCUAUUAUUUAUUUGAGUUUUGAUUUAAUCUGAAAAUUAUCUUCAGUUGUCACUGAAACACUUGUUAAUAAGUGAAGUUGAGUUAAAUGCUAAAUGAAUUAAUAUAUUUAAACUUUUGUAGUAGUAUUUCACUUUAGACUACUUGCAGAUCAUGUGUGGGUUAAAGUUGUAAAUCCUUUACUAUUAUUGUAACAGAUUUGUUAACCUUAAUUUCGACCUGCCUAUAAAAAAUAAAUAAUAGAUUUAAAAUGUUAAUUUAUUUUUGGAAGCAAUGUAAUUGUGUAAAUAAAUUCAAUUAUUUGUUUUUAUA